GUGACACUCCAGCUGCAGGGCAGCCGAUUGGCAAUGAGAGCAAUGGUGUCCCACCUCGCGGCCAUCCGGCCACCCGGCCAUCCGGCCAUCCGGCCACCCGGCCAUCCGGCCACCCGGCCAUCCGCCCCAUCGCCCCGGCCACAGCCACGGCCACCCGGCCACGGCCACCCGAGUUAGACCCAAAGUUCCCUGACAUCAGCCCAUGUGAGACCCUAAGUGACACUCCAGUUGCAGGGCAACCGAUUGGCAAUGAGAGCAAUGGUGUCCCACCUCGUGUCACUCCAGCUGCAGGGCAACCGAUUGGCAAUGAGAGCAAUAGUGUCCCACCUCGUGACACUCCAGCUGCAGGGCAGCCGAUUGGCAAUGAAAGCAAUGGUGUCCCACCUCGUGACACUCCAGCUGCAGGGCAGCCGAUUGGCAAUGAGAGCAAUGGUGUCCCACCUCGUGACACUCCAGUUGCAGGGCAACCGAUUGGCAAUGAGAGCAAUGGUGUCCCACCUCGUGACACUCCAGUUGCAGGGCAACCGAUUGGCAAUGAGAGCAAUGGUGUCCCACCUCGUGACACUCCAGCUGCAGGGCAACCGAUUGGCAAUGAGAGCAAUGGUGUCCCACCUCGUGACACUCCAGUUGCAGGGCAACCGAUUGGCAAUGAGAGCAAUGGUGUCCCACCUCGUGACACUCCAGUUGCAGGGCAACCGAUUGGCAAUGAGAGCAAUGGUGUCCCACCUCGCGGGACUCCAGAUUCAGCAAAACCGAUUGCGGGUGAGAGCGAUGGUGCCCAGUCUGAUCAAGCUUGCCUGCCUCCGUACUAUUGGAGUGUCUCAACAGCGGAGGCAGCUGCUGUGGUGAAGUUCCGGACGGAAAGGAUUGGGGAGUUUGGGGGCGAGCCAGUGGAAACUACUCUCUCAGUCUUUCAGUCGCUUACCCAAGCAGAAGCACUGAACUACUUGCCAGAAGAUGACAUGGUGAUGGAGGUUCUGUGGAAUGACAAAGUUUGGCAUCAUGUGGUGCUGCACAUCCUAGACAAGGGCGGUUUAGAUGAGGAAGAAGGCACAACAAGUCUUGAGCAUUGGUCGGACUUUGAGCAUGAUUUUGUGGGUCAGUGGCGAUGCAAUCCUCUUCACUUUGGAAAGAAGGCCGACUUUGGCCAGAUUGCUCAGCAUGCAGUUAGCAUUGGCGUCCUACGAUGGGGGCAACGGUGGCCAGAGUCGUUUGCAAUUCUUGAUUCUCAAGAUAUCGAGGAACAAAAGAAAAUCUAUGAGUUCCAGGGCAAGCCACCCAUUGUGGCGAUCAUUGUGCAUUUACUUGUGAACCACGGCGUCAUCUCCAACGAGACUCCAUUGUGCGAUCUGAAAGUUCCAGACAAUGUCACUUGCAAUGAUGCCUUGGCUGCAAUCUCUCGCCAAAGCAAAACUGCCAAGUCCGAACCACCAUCAGCGAAGUUUUCGCCGAGCUACUGGGCUGAGCUACAAUGUGCACGCCUAAAGAGGGAGAUGGUUGGGGCCAAGGCAAAACGAGAGAUGAACAAUGGAGAAGAGCCUACCACUCCCAAGCGACGAAGGCCAAACUUGCUGAACGAUGAUUUGAGUCCUCCUCGUGCAGAAGUCACUGAAGAGAUGGCUCAGAGGAUUGGCAACUUGCUCAGCGAGAGGCAACGAAAGAAGAUGGAAAGACUCAAGGAUCAUCACGCAAAGCGUCUUCUGAGGGAAUCUGGGUUGGAUUUCAACUUGCAUUUCCAAAAAUCCCACUCUGGCAAGAUGAUCGACAGGGACCAUUGGAAGAAUUUCAAGAUGGCCAUCAUCGGACAAGGUGAGGUUCCUUGCCGGAUAUGCCAGGAUCUGAUCAUGCGCCAUUGCAUUGAAACAGCCAGAUUUGAUAUGGAGACAGAAAAGGGCAGUCAUCCACCGGCUCAACCACCUCUUUCAGAUCAAGCCGCUCAAGCCGCUCAAUCGGCGCAACCGGCCCCGCCGGCUCAGUCAGCUCAACCUGACCCUCCUGCCCAGGAUGGAGCAGCAGGAAAUCAGCCAGGAGAUCAGCUUGCCUUAGUGUGUUGGGAUCCCACAGCACAAAACAGGAGAAAGGUGGGCCGGCCAAGGAAAGCCGAAGCAGGCAAUGACGACAGAUUCAACCUCCGCUUUUUCUUGGCAGCUGAGAGGCCAGAAAUGUACAGCUUCUUGACAUCGGAGGAGGCCCGGGACACCCUACCCUUUGCUGUGAAGGAUAGCAAGUUGCACUUGGACAAAGAAAUGGCCAAGAACCCCGUGAGAUGUCAUGUCUGCCGGAUAGUGCAGCGGCAUGAGGCAAGUCGAGAGCAUAAAAGUGCCUUGAAUGAAUGGACGGGAGAGAAGAGCAAUGCUGCAGAGGAUUUCAAGGUAUGCCGUGGAGUGAACAUCUCAGCUGGGGCUGGUCUAGCUACCGUACUUGGAGAGAAGCAGGACUUUGUGAGGGCAUGGUGGCUUGCUGGGUGUGUGGGGGUGAAGGGGAGCUGCACGGAUGAGAUUUUGGUGGAAAAAAGUGAAGACGGUGAGUCCAUGGUGAUCCGGCACAAGCUCUGUGAGAAAUCAGCUGCGCCCCCAAAGAGAUCAUGUGCUGGCGCAUGCGUGAGAUGCUUCGCUUUGACCAACAAGAGCAAGCUGAUGAAAGUCAUUCUCGACUGGUGUGAGCGUUUGGACUAUGUCCGUUUGGUUCAUUUGUGCCUGGGUGGUGACUUUGCUGGGCAAGCCGACCUAGCACACGACAUGGCUGGAAAGUAUGAGAUGAUUUCGAGGGAAUCCUUGGCAAAGAUGAACUAUGCAGACCUCCUGACCUUGACCCGGGCAAAGUUUCAACACAUUGGCGGCCAAAAGUACAUGAACGAUGCCCUCAAGAAAUUUCUCCAGGUGAACUUGGACUUUUUGUCAAAGGGUUUGCAGAUUGGUGUUCCUCAAGAAGUACGGCCACAUGUCCAGGCAUACAUUGAGGCAAUUGUCUCCGGAAGUUUGGGUGCCACGGAAAUCAGAUUGACGAAGCUGAUCAGCCAAGGAGCUUUGAAAUAUGAUUCUAUCUGCAGAGCUCUGGUGCCUGCGCUGUUGUCCAAGGCCGACAAGAUCAGAAGAGGCCAUUCUCAACGCACAGGGUCUUCGGAAAUGGAUCAGGCAGGGCUGGUGGAACUCAGCUUUGCUCUUGGUCAAAGCAUGAACCUGGCACCAGUUCAGAAGGCCCUUGGCAUGAGCAGACAUGUGGCCCGACAGAGAGUCGACUAUUUGAUUCCUUGGCUCCCUCACUUCUACAUUGCCCAUGGUGAUCAGUUGAAGCAGUCGGUGAAGGCCGCCUUGGCCCUCUGUGAAGUGGAGAACAGUGGCGAAUACAUGGUGAUCCGAGACGAAGUUGCUUAUGCAAAAAGUUGGCAGGUGGUUUCUGGACUCUUGGAGGGGCAGCCGGACGUUCCAGCAACUGUUGGUGGAGUGUACCCACACAGGGCUUUAAUGCCAUGGAACUCAGAUGCAGAGCAGGAGGAAUUGAAGAAGGAGGAUCUAGCAUCAGUUUGCGUGAGCACUGUGGUCAAAAGGCUCGACAGGCGAGGCCAUACUUUCCAAGUCCAGCUUCUGCCACGCUCCAGAACCACAUCCAAAGAAGAGGAACUCAAGCUUUUUGGAGAAAUUCUGCAUGAGUGCGUGAUGCAGAACACCAAGCCGCCGUCUGUGGUGAGCUACGACAACCAUGGUAGCUUCGAGUUUGUCAACCGGUGUCUCCUGGGCUAUCCACCAAAAGAAGCUGAGAAUUUUGCAUUCUGGAAAGAAUGCAUCCCAGAUCCAUUGAUGCAAGUGAUCCCCUUGUUUCGGGGAAGGCUGCUUCGGUAUGGACCAGAUGGUCCAGUGGUCUUCGGGUGCAACGAUCCGAAGCAUGUGCUGAAGGCCAUUCCACGCAGCCUCCGCUUGCCUGAUCGAAUUUGCAAGAUUUUUGGCUACCACUUCACAUGGUCUCCGCUCCUGCGUGGUGGUAUGCCAAUGAGCACUGCAACGGGACAUGAUUCACACAGUGAUCGGGAGGCUGCCCGUGCCUUUUGCCCAGCAUACUUGCUCCGCUCCAACUCCUUCGAUGACAUCGGUGCACAUUUGCUGCAGUUCAUCGGCAAUUUGAUGUUCAGCUGUUGGGUUUCAAGCAAGGCUUAUGAGUGCCACGAGUUGGCAAAAAAUGCCUUAUCCGGAUACUACCUGCUGCUUGCCGCAGUCUACCAGGCAUGGCAACAGCGGGGAAAGCUCUGGCCGCUUGAGUUUUUGCCCCGCACAACAGUGCGGAAUUUGGCGUCGAUGCUGACUCACUGCAUUUUGCGGCUGGUUGGAUGGAAUCCUUCCUAUGUGUUCGAGCCAAGCUGCCAAAUGGAGGCCUCUUCCGAACGAAUCAUUCGACUCCUCUCAGUGGACGUGGGCAAGAUGGCAAGACAGGCGCUCAAGGAAGUGUGUGUCUUUGUUGCGGCAUGCAAUGUUGGGGUCGAUCCAAAACAGUUGGCAGAAGAGUUAUCCAAGUGGUUCAGGGAGCAUGGCGGUGCAGAACUUCGGCCCGACAGUGGAACUUGCACAGAGGAAGAAACAGAAGAACAUGGGGAAAGCGAUGUAGAAGGUGAAGAUGAAGGGAGCGAUCUUGAAUCAGAGCCAGAAGAAGCUGAAGAGCCAAGCCAGGCCGAGCUUCACGAGAAGAAACUUGGCGAGGCUUUGGAGUCAGUGGAGGUGCAGGUAGCUCUGGAAACAGAACUUGCGCAGAUGCUGAGCAGCGAAGCAAAGCCAGAGAUGCCACAGAGCGGCCAAGAUGAGCUUCCAAAAAGCGAUGUGGAGAACCAGACCGAUGAGGAAACGGAGCCCCAAUCCCCGCAAAGAAAGGCAGCUCGAGCAGAUGAUUGCGGUCACGUCGUGAGCCUUGCUGAUGUGUUGAAAGUGGCAGACUUGGCGAACUUCCACCCGCCAAAGGAUGAUACUGAUGAACAAGCUAUUGCACGGACAAGGGCAUUCAUCCCAGGCAUGCUUUCAUUCAGUGUCUUCAUGCGAUGUGGUGAAGGCUUGCUCUCGCGGGCUGCAGUCUUAGGACGCCAAACCCGGCACCAACUUUGGUGCGAUUUUGCAAGCCAGUCCUUGCAAACAGCAGGAGUGGAAGCGUCAGAAGGGAAAUGCGUCACAAAGAUUGGUCCACCUACGAAGGUUGACAAUGGACAUGUGGUUUAUCAGCUUCUUGUGGUGAAGCCGGCAGCUGCAGCGAGUGCGGGCAGGCCCUAUCUCCUAUGGCGACGCUUGAUCCACUCGACGGAAGUGUCAUCUACGAAGUUCCAGCGGCAUGCUUCCAGGUCAUUGAUGGGCCCCACAGUGCAACUCAGUUUCAAAGUAUGCUUCAAAGUUUCGAAGGAUGCCCUCAAAGCCUUCCAGAAGGUUGCCAAAAGCAUCGUGCCAUUGCAGAACGAAAAGGAGAAGAAGAUCCCAAACCAGAAGAUCUACAUGACAGAGUUCGAUUUCGUCAAUACCUCUCAUGGUCGAAAAUGCCAAGUUCGAUUUCUUGAGCUCAUGAAGAAAGACUACGAGGCCCAUCACCACAAGAUUAGCGGAAAAAAUGGAAUCACAAAGCUUCCGAAAGGAUAUCAGUGCAAGUGGGAGGAGCUUUGUCACAGACUUCCGGGUUACUUCAGCAAGAGGUAUUCCAAAGGAUCAGCGACAUGGAAAGCCUUGUCCGCCGAAGAGAAAUCCCUUGGUUUUGGGGCACUGGUGCUCAAAGAAUUUCAGAGCAUCGCCCCCACUCCUGAAAAUGGAGACAAAUUUAUGAAGUGGCUGUUGGAUGUGCAUAUGACUGCUCCAGCAAUUGUUGCUUUUGAUCCAGAGCCAAAGACAGAGCCCUAA